GAUUAUGAGUAGGAGCCUGAGCUGGUCUGAGCACCUUGACGCACUUCUCAAUGCUACUGAUGGAAAUGUGGCCAGGAUUAAGCAGCGGCUGUAUCCUCUUGGAGUCUACACGGCAGGAGACCUGGCUGGGACCUGGAUUUCCCCUCAUCACUUGCCUCCACAGUCUGGAGUCCAAACUCCACAGCCUUGGGGUCUAGAGACUCUCUUUGUUCCAGAAAGGCUGAGUUGGGCUGAGGCCCAUAGAGCAACUUCUCUCCGGGAUGAAAUUAGUAUUCUGCGAUCCCAGCUUCAAUCCCAGGCUCAGGUGACUGAGGCACUAAGGCAGGCUGUGCGGGGGCUGCUGGAAGAGCAGGAGCAGCAGAAGUCCCAGAUCUGUGCCCUGGAAGCUUCACUAAAGUUGCUGCAGGGGGGCCCAGAGCGGAGGGCCCUCCUCCUGGAGCAACGACUGGAGGGGCUGAGAAGGGAGUUACAGGUUCUUCGAAGCCAGGUGCAGGAACAGGCCCAAGCCCAAAUACAAACAGGACCACGAAAGUGCAGUGCUUCUAGUGGCUUUCGCCAAGAACUCCAGAAUGAGCGGCAACUCCUGUGGGAGGAGUCAGAGAUUCUUCGGGAGGAGCUGAAGCUUCUGCGGGACCAGCUGAGCCAGCACCAGGAGCUGCUGCUGAAACAGAUGGCUGAGGGGCAACAAGCUCAGGCCCACAGCUCAAAGAUGCUGGAGCAGCUGCAAAGUGGCCAGGAGGGCAAGGGUCAUACCCUGGAGGCUGCCAGGACAGAGGCACAGGAUGUCCGGCGUGAGCACAACCUCCACAGGACUUCCGUUCAUAUCUUCCAAUCUAACCUGCCUGUGGCUGCCACCUUCGCCAUGUCUCUUUCUUCAUCUCGCUCUGAAGUCAGUCUUCCGGACAGUUACAGUAGCUGGGAACAUUUAAGGAAGCUAGGUGGAGAUCUCCAGAGGAGCACAUUUUCUAAACUGGAGCCCAGCAGCUUACAGCUCUAGGCCCAGAGCCUUGAGCAGGAGAACCUCUUCUUUAAGGGCCUCACAAUGUUCCCGAGUGACCUGUAAGGACUUGUAUGAGUAGUUUUGCUCACUUUUCCCCUCCAAGGCCCUGUUUCUGGCCCCCUCUACUUCUCUCUUGAUCUAGCUGGUAUCUGCCCUCCUUACUGGGGCUUGUCACUGCCUGCCCAUCCUUGGCCACCAGCUGCAAUAAAAUGUUUUAACCCUCCCUGAUA